UAUGUACUUAUUAAAUUCAAAGAAAACAAAUGAUUCGGACCAUUUGAAUAAUUCGAAAACUAAAUUUAACAACAGUUAUAACAGUGUCCCCAAAGUGACUUCAACUCCUUUACAUGCCUCGCCUGCUUCAAUGCCAAGAAGAAACAGUAUAGUUUUAUCGCCACCCAAGCCACAUCUGGGGAGCCCAAGAAGGUACUCCUUAUCAGAAAUGAGUCCUGCAAAUAAAUCAUCCAUAACAAAUAGGUCCAGUCACAUACAAGGACCAUUAUUAGCAUCAUUAAGUUAUAAAGAUAGCGUAAGCAUGUACGAAGAAACCAAAAGCCCUGGACUAGUCGAACGAGUGGUUUUAUAUAAUGAGGAAGCAGAAAGAAAUCAUGAACCAACACAUCAGGAGAAAUAUGAUAGUCCCGGAUUGUUUCCAAUAGUUCAUUUAUUUAAAAGGAAACCUCCAGUUUUAGAUCAAUCUUUAAAUAGGGUUAAAAUUAAGUUAUCUAACUCAGAUUACUUAAAACACUCACCUCUUCAGCGUAGUAGUCCCAGAAAUGUUGAUGGAGUAUUGAGGCCAAGAUUUCAAAAUCAACAUAGUUUUUUAUCUUCAUCUCCUAAAGGCAGCAGUAGUAGUGAGACAGGACCAAAAAGUGUUUUAGAUGCUUUAAAGGAAAUAUCAAGGAAAAGAAUACAUUCUAAUGAGGAUUACGAUUUAAAUGAGGAUUCCGGUAAAAGACUUCGUACAGAUCUUCAUAAUGGUACUCCAACAACAUCCAAAAGGUUAAGAGCCGACUCACCAUUAUUAGAUGUAUCACAGGAUCAUUCUCCAAAACAAUCCCAGAAGAAACUGUGUGUUUAUGAUGAAUACGCUGCUUCAAAAUCAUCAACAGACUUCUCCUUUCUAAAGAAUAUUGAACCAGGAUUAACAAAACGGAAAACAAUAAGUACUUCUACAGAAUCUUUAAAGGAUCCAAAGCAAAUCAAAUUGAUUAGUGUUGAAACUCAGACUGUACCUGCUAUAGAAGAAAGUAAAUCAAACAAGACUGAUUCACCUGGUGACAGAACUGAUAGUCCUGGCGUUCAAAAAGCUGAAAAUUCAAUAAGAAUUUUUAAUCAUAUGUCUCUCGAUAAAAUUAGAAGAAAUCGAUUGGCAGCUCUAAUGGGAAACCUGGCUGGCAAAGAAGCUGAUUUAGCUGGAAGUUCUAUUAAUUCAGUCAUUGGACAAAACAGUACUUCAGCUCAGUCAUCAUCACAGGCUAAAGAUGUUACAGUUUUGUUAACACCUUCAAGAAAUAAAAAGGAAACUGAUACAGUGGAUAAACCUUUAACUUCGAUUAUUUCACCGCCUAAAUCAAGAGAAACGUCACCAGUGAAAUCGGACAGACAUGUUCAUUUUAAUUUGGCAGCUUCUACUUCCUCUACCUCUGGAGAUGGACAAGUUACACUCACUCAAACGACGGUUUCCCUUGUAACACCAAUUACUUCAUCAUCGGUAAACAAAGCAGCAAUUAGUUUUCCUGAACCGCUAAAGGAUUCCACCAAUGCCAUACCUACCUCGAAAAUAAAUUCAACAGCAACUGCUCCAUCGUCCCAGUUUUCAUUUGGAAAUAUUGGUUCGCCUACUUCAACUCCUCAGAGUAGUUCUGUAAAAGAACUAAUUAGUGGUGCUCCUUCGAUUUUUACAGUCCCAAAAUCUCUUGAAAGUACUCCAACUAAAACGCCUGAAACUGCUAAAACUACUAGUCCUCCAAAAGUUGGAGGUUUUAAAUUUGAUUUGAAGGUACCGAGUAGUAGCAACGUGGUUUCCUCUACUACUGCUUUGACGCAACCUAGUUUGACGUUCUCACCGAGUUCUUUAGUUAGUUUGCCUUCUUCAUUAACUAGUUCUAGUUCAACACCGACAUUUUCAUUUGGUAAAACAACAGAUACUAAAAGUGAUACAAAUGUCAAGAAUUCUUUUGCUUUUGGAGUAAAUACAUCAUCUAAAGAAAAUAAUGCUAUGACUUCAAAUAUUUCUUUUCCUGUUAAUCCGACAGAAUCUAAAAAGGAUAUUGCAUCGUUGCCAAGUUCAAAUAUAAUUAAUUCGUUUUCGUUUGGAAAACCCCUUCCAAAUGUUGAUCAAUCAAAGAGUUUUAAUUUUGGGUCUAAAACCAAUAUUAAUUCUACGACGGCUUCGGCAGCACCCACCUUCAAUUUCCAAGUAACUAAGUCACCUACAUUUAAUUUUGGAAACGCAUUAAAAAGUUCGGGCGAUCAAAAUAUUUCAGGCUCCACAGCAGCAACUCCUUUCGGGUCAUCAACAGGAAAUGUGGCAACAUUUGGUUCAGCUAUUUCUUCUGCUGUAACAUCUCCUCCUCCAGCAUUUGGUUCUUCUGUUUUGACUACUACUAGUUCAACAUUCAUAACUAGUUCUGUAGCAAGUUCUAACAAUUUGUUUCCAAGUAGUUCACCUUUUGGUAAAGGUAUGCCUACACCUCAAGCUAGUUCUUCGUUGAUACCAGCAACCACCAACACCGCCGCCGCAUCUAAUUUCACAUUUGGCGAAAACGGAGCUUCAAAAGCAACACCUAUAAGUAAACCUUUUACCUUUGGUGAUAGUAAGCCGGCCACCACAGUCGCCUCAAUUUUUGGUGCUCCAAAACCAUCAAUUCCCAGCAUUGUUAACAAACCCACUAACGCGGCUCCGAUUUUUGGCAGUACUGCAGAAAGCUCUCCUGCUUUUGGGACAACUUCGUCCGUCGUAGGAUCGGUGUUUGGGAACACUUCAACAGUUACAACGACGGCGCCAAUAUUUGCCGCCACCACAGCAUCUUCAAUAUUUGGAAAUGUUUCAAAGCCUAGCGUAGCUUUUGGUUCCGCGCCAACUACCACAGCUCCAGUUUUUGGUUCAGCGUCAACUGCAUCCGCACCAGCUUUUGGCUCAGCGUCAACUACAUCCGCACCAGCCUUUGGUUCAGCGCCAACUACAUCCGCAUCAGUCUUUGGCUCGGCACCAACUUCUUCAGCACCAAUUUUUGGUUCUGUGCCAACUACUUCGGUACCAGCGUUUGGUUCCGCAACAACCACUUCCGCCCCGGCUUUUGGUGCAGCGCCAACUACUUCAGCAUCAGUUUUUGGUUCAGCGCCACUUUCGACGGCUUCAAUUUUUGGUUCUGUACCAACUACUUCGGCACCUAGCUUUGGUUCUGCACCAACCACUUCCCCUCCAGCUUUUGGAUCAGCAGCAACUCCUUCAGCCCCAAUUUUUGGUUCGUCCUCGACUAAUCCAGCACCAAGUUUUGGAAGUGCCGGGUCGGCAUUUGGGGCUCCAGCCACAACUCAAGCUGCAAUUCCUUCGUUUGGCACUGACACUAAACCGCCUUUUGGGUCUACUAACGUUUUUGGAACGGGAAACACGGAAACUACUAAUUUUGGUGCUCCUUCGGCGGCAAUAUUUGGAGCUACAGCUCCAAACAAAACUAUGUUUGGCUCCACAAAUGCUGCAAGCGUGGCACCGACGCCCACCUUUGGAUCGGCUACAAGUUCCGCCUUUGGUAAUGUUCCUGCCGCAUCUUCUGCCUUCAACACUGUUACAACUGCGUCUACAACAACUCCAUUCGGAUUUGGAUCAAAACCGAAUUUUUCAUUUGGUUCUUCUAACGAGAACAAAACUAGUACUGCCUUUGGUUCGGGGGCUGGUAAUUCUGCAUUUGCGAAGCCAAACAGUACUCCCAAUGGUUUUGGAAAUACAGAAAAAGGGUUCAGUGCGACGUCGGCAGGAUUUGGUAAUACCGCUGGAGGAUUUGGCAAUACCGCAAAUACUUUUGGAGCAGGAAAUAAUAAUGCUUUUGGUUCAUCGGUGCCUUCACAAAAUGCAGGUUUUAACUUCAGUUCCAACUCGACGCCGACAGCAUCAUCUUUUAUGACACCUGAGAUACCAAAGCCAACUUUUAACUUUACAGGAAACACAGCCAAUGCUUCAUUUACUGGUUCAAGUAACCCCUCUGCUUUUGGAACCACCGCACCAAAUUUUUCCGCUACAGGUCCCAGUUUUGGAGCCGCAGCGCCCCCUGCUGCAGGUGUGUUUAACAUCGGCUCUGGAUCUACAUCUUCAGGGCGAAUGAGGACACAGUUAAGGGCAAAAAGACGAACAUAAUAUACUUGUAUGGCUAUGUAUGACUUAUAACUUUAUACAAUAAUAUUUAUAUGCUUUUUUAUGAAAGUGUAACUCAUAUAUAUAAAUAUAGUAAAGGAUGUAAUUAACAAAGUAAUGUGGGAGAUAUGAAAGAACAAAAGUUUGUUUUUAAAUUUAUUUUUAAUGUACCGUUUUUUUUAAUUAGAUAAAUAUUCUUAUUUAAUACUAUUCUGUUUGUAUGAAACUAUUUCAAAAGAUGUAAAUAUGCGACGUAAGCAUGAUCUAUAUUUUCUUAUGUCUUUAUUUUUGUUGUAUAUAUUUAUAAAUUAUUUAUGAAAAUGUGAUAUAUGUAAUUAUACAUAAAGUUUUAUUAUUCGUCAUGCUUGCAGAUGCAUAUGCGUACAGUGAUGGAAAAUAUGUUAAAGUUGUUUAUUUUUACUCCAGAUUUGUCGAUUUUUUAAGUAUGUCGCGGGUUCUUUUCUUGUUACAAGAUUGUAUAUUUUAAUAAGAAUAAAUUUUUCAGUAAUUUAAAA